CUAAUCUAAUUACAAUUUAAAGAUCUGGGUUUUUGGUCUUUAUUUUAGAUUGGUUAUAUUUUGAUUAAUAUGAUUUAAGCUAAGCUGGAGCUUGUUUAUUUCAGUUAUUUGGGUAAGUUUACUGUGCUUAGCACGUUAAGUUUAGUCUUUUUGUUUUAACAUUUUGGCAUCUGGGUUUUGCUUUAUGAGUUAAUCUUUUCACUUUUAUGGAUAUUUUAUGUGGUUUUUUUUAUGGGUUUUCUGGUGUUAGAAAUUGUGUUCACUGUUCACUGGCUUGUGAAUUUGGAUGUGACGAAACCCUAGAAAAAUUUUCAUUUUAUGAAUUAAUGUGGAUUAUUUUACCAUCUAACUCGAAGGUUUUGGAAGUGAGUUUUAAAGUGGUUUGUUUCUUUGCUAUAGGGGAGAUAACAAAAAUAUUCUUCUCUUUGCGAACUUCAUUUGUUUUUAUUUCCUGAUAAAACCCUAACAUGUUGUUUACCUUAUCCAUGUUAUUUCGUGAUUUACUGUGUAUUAUAAAUGGUUGGAUUUUGCUAUCUAAUUUACUUGGAUGUUAUUAAAAUAUUAGUGUAGUAACUACUAACAUCUUUAUGUUUGAUUUCAUAGGGACUAGGGUUUCCAAUUUGUUCCCUUUGAAUAGUAUUCACUUGUCGGCCGCUAUAAGUUAUUAUUUUAUGUAAUAAAUCACCAUAUAUAGGGGCUUUCCAGCUUCUCAUCUGUUUUAGUAUAUCUAUUUUACUAUGACUAGGUAGUUUUCAUCUUGAAUUUCCUAGGAAUUACAAAUAAAGUGUGUGCUUAAGUUCUUGUGGUAUACUUAAUAUCUUAUAGCUUCAUGCAUAUUGAUCACGUAGCAUAGAUAUAGUUACAAUGUUACUACAUAUCUCAUAAGAUAUCUUAUUUUUUGCACUUUGGUGGCAUUGAUUAAUUAGUUACUCAUAACAUGGAGACAACUAUUGCGGUCAAGGAAACUCAUCAGAGUUGCAGUUCUAAUCUUGUUGCCAAGUCUGUGGAAUCACCAAUAAGGAUUGGCUCAAUAUCUAUAGAUCUCAACAAUGCUAAUGAUGACAUUGAUACUGGGAAGUGUGAGCAUUUUUCUAUUCGUGGAUAUGCAUCUGAGAUGCGCAACAAAGACUGGAAGAAGUGUUGGCCAUUUGCAUUAGAUGGUGGCCAGAAUAUAUCUGAAGAACAAAACUAUAAGCUGCCUCCUUUACUUGUUCCAAAGUUCAGAUGGUGGUGUUGCCAUAGCUGCCUGCAGGAUAUUGGGGCUGAAGGCAGUAUGAAUGAAGAAAGAACUGUUGCUAAUAAUAGUAGCAAAUUAAAAUCCUUUGGCUCUUGUUCCAAUGUGUCAUCCCAUGGGGAUGCUGUGACAUGGUUAUCAGAUUUGCAGCAGGCUGGAAAGAUUAAUGUUGAAUCAAGAAAACAUCAUGAUUCUAAUGCUUCUCUGAAUGUUGGUAGCAAUGAAUGUCAUCCUUUAUUUAGUGAUAGAAGUGAAAAGAAAGCUGAAAUUGCAGAUAUACCAAUCAUAGGGCAAACAUAUGUCUUAGAAAAUAACAUUAAUCCAGAAAUCCAUAUUUCAAAUUAUGCUGGAAUAGAAGUUAUUUCUAGCCUUAUGCAGCAAUCACUUCGUAUAGAUGAUAAAGUGGCUUCUCAGCUCCAUCAAAAGGUCAAUUUAAAAGAUGAUGAAGUUGAUGGUGUCAAGCUUCCUGAAUCAAACCCAAAGUGCAUGGUUAAGGAUGCCACUGAAACACGUCAAGCAGGAAAGCAUGCUUCUGCCUGUGAUCAGCAGAUGGAGUUAGUGAAAGCUCGUGGAUCCUAUGGGAUAACCAGUAUGGUUAAUAGGGUUCCUGAUGCUAUCAAGACUUGUACAGCCGAACAUCCUUCAUUGGAAUUAGAUGAUUGUGAUUAUGCAUCAUCUGAAAGGGCUGAGAUAUUGCUUGGUAUUGGAUCUGGCAGCUUGCAUCGAAGAAAAACCCGUAAGGUGCGUCUGCUGGCUGAAUUGUUGGGUAAAAAUGGAGAUGAAAAACCUGAUCUCACGAGUAUGGAAGAUUCUCCUUCCACUGCCAUUCCUGAUGCAUCUGUAGGCAUAGAUUCAAUGUCUGCUCCCGAAGGUCAGGCCAAUUGCCAAGGAAAUGUUACCAGCAGUUUGGCUCAUAGCAGGAAAAGAAAGUUGCCACAAGAUGAAGAAUGGAGACCUGGGGAAAUGAGCUCUCCAAAUAAUGGACAUCAGAACCUUAGGACCUUCAACAGAGUUGCAGAAACUGCUGAUGGAAUCGCAAGUUCUGAUUCAGAAGGUACAGCUAAUAGAAGUAGCUCACAAGCUCCAGUAAAGAGGCAUUUGGCUAACUUUAAAGUUGAUAAAAGUCCUAUUCUAGGAAAGAAGAAAAAUAAAAAGGCCCAGAAUUUUGAUGGAUGUUUGUCCUUGAGUCUGUCUGGAGAAAAUCUGCAGAAGGAAAGACAGAAAAAGCCUACAGAUACCACUAAGAGCAAUGCCACUGAUAUUAUUCUGUACAAAUCAAAUGAUGUUUCUACAGGCAGUGGGUUGGAUCCCUUUCCUGAAUCUGCCCAAAAGGCAGAGAAAAAAUCUAAUUUAUUGAAGAAAAAGAGCAAGAUGCAUCAUGAUCAUGAUGGGCAUGUUUCUCCAAUUCCUUGGAACAAUGGCAUUCUCAGAGAAGGUUUGACUUCAAGGAAAGAUGCAGGAGUAAGACAAAAUGGGUCCAUAGCAGUUCCACUUGAAGUAACCCAGGAUGCAUCAGCUGAAAAAGGACUGCAUUUUUCUCUUAAUAAUUUCUUGCCUGCUAAAAGAUAUGAUGCAAAAAAUAUUUCUCCUAUCAGAGACGGGCUACCAUGUUUAUUGCCAUGGCAAGGGUGUUUUCUCAGUGAGUAUGAGGUUGGGAGGAAAGAUCUAAAUAUGAACUUUGUUGGGGAGUCUAGUUUUCCAUCUAAAUCUGAGCUAGAUGCCUCUCUAUGGAAGGGAAUGCAUGUUGAUCUCAACAGUAACCAAACUACUUACAGAAUACCAUUCCUGAAUGAGAAGCAAAAGCAGAGAUCUCAUGCUGAAGUUGGGAAUUGUUCUCUGAUUCAGCAAAUGGAUUUCAGUGGUACAAGCAACAAUGGUAAAACUGUGGAGGUUCAGGACCAUUCAACAGUUGCUAGGAAACAUUAUGAUCUACAAGCUGAGAUGGCAUCUGAGGAAGGAGCUUUAGAUGACAUACCCAUGGAAAUCGUUGAACUCAUGGCAAAGAAUCAGUAUGAGAGGUUUCUUCCUGAUACUGAGACUGAAAAACAUCCUUCAGAAACAACCAAUAACACCAGAAAUCAUCAGAGGGUUGAUCUUAAUAAAGUGUAUAGAAAUGAAGAGGUAAGCCUGUUUCAUGAGACCACUGACAAACCAAAACCACGAGCUAAAUACGAAAGAAUUGGCAAAAUUGUAAGUGGUGAUAAUGUGGGACCCAGUAGACAAAAGUCAGUUGAUUAUUUCUCUCAUAUGGACCAAAAUCAGUACAAUAUGAGUCAAUUGGAACAAAGUUAUUCUCCUCCAGGCUUUAGGCAUUUUCCUCUAUGUGGAGAAAAGCCAUUGCACGGAAUCCAAUUUUGUGCCACCAAUUCCAGCAGGCAAAACAGUGCUCAAAAUUGCCAGUGGAUCGGGAACAUGGUUGGGCAGAGGUCCUCUCACACUAGCAUGCAAGCAUGGGGAGUUUGUAACACAUGCCAGAGUGCUUCACAGCAGAAUAGAGAAGCAGCUCAUCUAUGGUCAUCCAUGAUACCAAAUAACAUGCCCUAUCUGUGCAGUAUCCCUCAGAAGUGUGCAGAUCAGGUGGCAAAGGUAGAUGUGCUUUCACAUUGUCCUGGCAGUCUGCCUAAGAGAAAUACAAGUGGAAAUGAUGGUCGGAACUUCUUGGAUCUGGCUUCAAACUUUGAAAAGCAUAGUGGGAAGUUUGAUUCUGGAGUCCUUAGAAGGACACAUGCAGAUUACCCAUUUACUUGCAAACAUAAUGGGUCGUUAGAUCAGUAUCCUAAUGAAAUCAUGCCAGCCAUGCAUUUACUCAGCCUUAUGGAUGCAGGGUUACAGUCAGGUACACCAGUUGAUGUGGACGGAGAUCAUACAUUUGUUAAGAAAACUUCCUUUCUUCAUGGUCAUCACUCUAAAGAGUUUUCAAGCUUGCCAUCUGGGAGAUAUAGGAGCAAUUCGAUGAAACAUCCAUCUUAUGAUUGUUAUGGUAAAAGCCACCUACCUGAGAGUUUCUGUGAAUGUACGUCAGCCACUCCAGCAGUUGGUCCUUCUACUUCUUCAUUCCAGCAUGAUAAAAGUUUCAAGAAGGCAACUGAUUUUAAGGGUCAAUUUUCACUAAAGUCUAGAGAGAAAGGGAAGAAAAAAUGCUCAGACUCUCAAACGCAGAAUAGAUACCGCAGAUCACAAAAAACUGUAUCUUCAAGUAGUGGCUUAAACACAACUUGCGGAUCUAUUCCUGUUCAUAGUAUGCCAAAAUCGGUGCUUGGCACUUCAGAUUUUACAAUGUUUCCCAUACAGCUUCAUGUGAUACAGGGUGCAACAAAACAGAAGUGGGAGUCUCGUACUAUGAGUGGCUCUCCUUUCCAUCCAAAAAGUGGUUCAGAGAAUGAAAUCUGCUGCAUUAACAGAAAUCCUGCUGAUUUUACUGUGCCUGAAGCAGGAAAUAUAUACAUGAUUAGAGGUGAAGACCUGAAAUUUGGAAGGGAAGCUCCCUCAUCUGGCUUGAUGAAAUUGGUUGGGCACAAGCGUCAGCGGAAGCUUACUGUUAGAAAAGAGCAUUCACGAAAUCAAACUUUGUGAGACUGUAAUCUUCAUAAAUAUGGGCAGGAAAAAUCUGAAGCACCUUCCUUGAUGCUGCAAAACAAGAGAAGCUUAAAAGCUCGAUGAAGUGUCAGACAUCAAACCAGUCAUAUUUUGCACACAAGUUGAUUGUUUAUUCUCGAACUAAUACUGUUCCACUUGCAUUUCCAAGCCUGAGAACAUGAAAAAAAUGCUAGGUGCAUGGUAAGGCCUGUAAAUAUUUGCAUAUGCCUGGAUCCCUGCACAACCACCCUCGUGUACCAACUGAAUUUAUUCUAUGUUUGUUGUAUGCCAGUGUUCUCCUGGAUAAGGUUUGUAAAACCUAAAAUGUGCCCUUUAUCAGUACUUGAAAGGGCUUGUUUGUCGCUUAAAUAAAUUGGUCUAUGCUCCAUUCUUGAGCAGCUAGUGGGAGUCGAACAGAAACAUGCCAUUAGUUAAUAGAAUAUAUGUUAUGAAGCCUGAGUCGGAAGAGCCCUAGAGGAAUAUCUGUACUGUUACUAAUAAUUCAGUACAGUUGUAAUCUAUAGCUCGUAUGAUUUAAAAAUAUAAAGAGAUAAAUAGAGAUGGUAUCCUCUGAAUCCUUUCGGACACGGUACCAAGACACUGAAAACAGUAAAUGUCUUUUCCUGUUAUAUAAUAUUAUAUAUUGGUUUUGUUGUUCU